UCCGAUGAGCAAUAAUCAUGUCUGUGAAAACAGAGCACGGAGGAGCGGGGUUUGAGCAGGAGGCCAUCUCAGAGAGAGACUUUUCUAUUAAGGAUGAGAACUUCCGAGAGACGAAGAGAAAAGCAGCCGGCUCGGCUUUCCAAAUCAAACCGGCGUCGUCCAAGCAGGAGAUCGUCCUGACCACCCCUGAAGCGGUCGACGACUUUCUGAAGAACUUCCUGUGGAGGGUCGGGAUGAGCCGGACACUGGACCGCUUUGAGACGGAAUGGUACACCUCCGCGCUCCAUCGUCUUGCCAGAAACCUUUUGGUUACUCCAGCGGCAGGUGGCUUCUGCUACAUCCCGGAUGCCGUCACUCACCGGCAGCUGCUUGAGGCAGAGCUGAAGACCGUGAGGGAGGAGACCGCGGAGCUCCGGAAGGAGGUGCUGGCAGCGGGGGCCAGCCUGAGGAAGAUGCAGAAGGAGCGGGACUACCACCGGCUGCAGUUCCAGCGUGUCUUCGUCAGCAAACACAAACUGAUGGAAGACGUAAAGACGCUGAAGAUACACCUGAAGUCCUACGAACCCGUGCUGAAGAAGAUGGACGACAAAUACCAGUCAGCGCUGCGGAACAAAAUCCUGCUGACACUGGACGAGGACAGGAUCAAGAACAGAUACUGGCACCCGACUCUCCACAGGAGAGACAAGGGCGCCACUCGCGGAGCUCGAGCCAAGACCGCAAAGACUCACGGCGACACGGAGGGCCCAGCCACCGACGCGAACCAGGACCAGGUGGCUGUCCUGAAGGGCUCGGGCUUCUUCAGUAGACUACGUUCCAUCACUGCUCACAAGUUCCCAGUCAACGGCAUCACUCUGCACCCCAAGCAUCUGAUCCUGGCCUCCGUCAGUGAUGACUGCAGCUGGAGUCUGUGGAGGCUUCCCACCUCCCCAAGGAAGGAGGGAGAGCUGUUGCAGACAGGUCAUGGCCAUUUGGAGUGGUUGUCCAGCUGCAGCUUUCAUCCUGAUGGCUCAAAACUGGCGACAACAAGUGGAGACGCAACCGUGAAGCUCUGGGAUGUUGCUUUAGGAAACUCCUUGUUGACUCUGUCUGGACACACGCACCCAGUCUGGGGCUGUUCCUUCCGCUUCUGCGGCAACUUCCUGGCAUCCUGCUCCACCGACAGAACUGCCAAGCUGUGGGACUUGAACAGUCAGCGCUGUCGCCUGACAAUGCGUCACCACACCUGCACUGUCAAUACUGUCCGCUUCGUACCGUCCUCCAACACCCUCCUUACCUGUUCAGCGGAUAAGACUCUGGCGCUGUGGGAUGUCAGGAUGGGCACAUGCACCACCAUCUUUCAAGGUCACCAGUAUCCCUGCAACCAUGCUGCUUUAGGUCCACCAGGAGGACUGAUGGCCUCAUGUGACACUCAUGGCUUCAUCUACCUGUGGGACAUCAGGAAGCCAGAGACUGCACUGAAGACAGUGGACACGGGGCCAGCAGGGGCAAGCCAGGUGGCAUUUAAUCCCUCAGGGGAGAUGCUGGCAGUGGCCAGUAAAGACUGUCUGGUCAGGUUGGUGGAUGUGGAGUCCAGCUCAGUGAGCACCUUGUCAGGACACAAGGAUAGCGUCCAGAGUGUGAUCUUUGACCACAAGGGGGAGAAGGUGUUGUCAUCUGGGUCCGAUGGGUUGAUCAACAUGUGGAUGUGACAUUUAAAGAUAUUUUUGAAUGCUUUUGUCUGUCCAGGGGCCAAUUGGAGCCAGUGAACCUUUACCCGCACAUCAACAAAAGUUCACAUUUGCCCUGUAAACUUUUCAAGUUUUAUUUUCCCUCCCUGCGCAUUCUCAUUUGGGAGCAUCGGUUUCCGUCAUUCGGCACGGCGCUCUCUGAAUUAAAGGAACAACAGUCGAGAAAAUACAAUUUAUUAGUGAUUAAAAAAACAUUAAUACAACAUAUUUUGAGCAACUGGUGUUGAAGGUGACAAAGGGGAGUGCUUGUUUAUACAUUGUUCAACAUGUUUCUUCAAAAGCGGACAAUAUUUCUGUAACAGUAUGUUAUCACAGUGAUUCAACAAUCUCAACAUGGGACUUCAUGAUCAUGUUGCUAUAUAUAUGUACAUUUAGAGUGUUGAUGGCAGGCACAAAAGAAAAAGUGAAAAAAAUGUAAACAGAAAAAGUCUGAUAUUAGAAAUAUAUACUUAGAUAUUUAAAGCAUACAAGGCGGUCUUAUACAUUUCAGGCAUGGUCGCUGCCAGGCAUGAUGCCAGCAUUUCUUCUGUUUUGGUCAGAGUCAGUGUUGGCACGUGUCUGUCUAUGGCCUUUGUAACAAUAAUAAUGGUAAAUGGCUCUUAUAUAGCGCUCUCCAUACUUGUCCAGCAACCAAAAGGGUUGACAAUAAGUCACCAAUGAACCCACUGAUGGCAGCGAAACAGCGCGUCAACUGAACUGCCAGGAGCAAACCGGGGUUACGUUUCGUGCUCAGGGACACAAUGACACAAACGUGUCGCGAACUGUGAUCGAACCGACAACCUCUCAGUUACAGGCCAACCAGUCUACCAUCUCUGAGUUAUUAUGAUUUCAGAUUUUCAACCCAAUAAAUAGUUUCCAUUGGCCCUACUGUAAAGAGCAUUAAAUGCUAUACAUAGCAACAUCCAGACUUGAUCAUUUGGAAUAAUACUGAUGUCCUUUUUUAGCCUUGGGAUUCUCUCAAAAUCUUUAAUCUUAAAACUCUCAAAGACAAUAACACUGUCAUUGGUAAGUACAGUCUAGGAACACCCAAAAAUUUUGUAACCUCUCCUGCUAUAAACAGAUCUGCUUAUAAACUUAGUGCAUUUUUAAAACUCAUCUGGGGCAACGGUGAUUGCUUGGCGUAAAGCUGAGUUCACUUUUAGUUCCCUCACAUGUGAAUCCGUCAGCAGAUAGAGAAGAACAGUGUCCUUCAUCUGGGUCAUUUUCUUCCUCCUUGUUACCAGGUUUCAGUUUAGGCUUGACUUCCCGCAGCUUCAUUUGAUUCAGGUCACGUAGAGUGCUGCAGAUGAAUAAGGAUUCAUGGGAUCAAAAGGCAGAGCUGAAAAAUUCUACCAGAGAACAUCCUAAAUC